AUGUCCUCUAAGAACGGCGUCCGUACUGAGGCAGGCCCGGAUGCAGAAUCUUCUGUAGAUUCCGGCAAUUUUUCUAUGAGUUUAAGCGGCAGAGUUCGUAAACCAAGAUCGAAGGUCAGUAAGGCAUGUGAUAACUGCAGGAAAAGGAAAAUAAAAUGCAAUGGGAAAUUCCCCUGCGCAAGCUGCGAAAUAUACUCUUGCGAAUGUACAUUCACGAGCAGGCAAGGUGGUCAUCGGAUAAAAAAUCUCCAAAAAGGGAGCCUGGAAGGCGCCACCGUUCAAGUUAAAGAAGAGACGGAUUGUAGUUCUGCUUCUCUUUGCAAUUCUCAGGUAUGUGCAGAUGGACCCUGCGCAAUAGAUCAACCUACAAAAUUUUUCGAAAAUUUUGAGUUGGGGGGUCAUAGUAGUGGUGAAAAUAGUAGGAAGAAUGAUGAUGAUUUGAACAGAAAUGGAUUUUACAAAGACGAUAGCGAAACGCAAGCCACUUUGACGUCUUUACAAGACACUUUAAAAAAUCUGAAGGAGAUGGCUCAUUUAGGUGCGCACAUAACAUCUGCUAUAGAAAAUAUUGAAUCUCAGAUAAAUGACCUAAUAAGACACUGGGAACCGAAGUUGAAUGUUAAGGAGUUUGCGACAACCAAAUUUUACCCUAAUAAGUCGAUUGAAACACAAUUGAUGAAAAAUAAAUACUGUGAUGUGGUACAUCUAACAAGAUAUGCGGCUUGGUCAAACAACAAGAAAGACCAAGAUACUUCUAGCCAGCCUUUGAUUGAUGAAAUUUUCGGUUUGUAUUCUCCUUUCCAAUUCCUGUCGCUUCAGGGUAUCGGUAAAUGUUUCCAAAACUAUAGGUCCAAAUCCAAAUGCGAGAUCUUCCCCAGAACAGCUAAGGAAACCUUAUACAUCAUGUUGAGGUUUUUUGAUGUUUGUUUUCACCAUCUCAAUCAGGGCUGUGUCUCCAUAGCUAAUCCCCUGGAAAAUUACUUACAGAGGAUGAAUCUUUUGCCAUCGACUCCGUCUUCCAUAUCAUCUGCAGGGAGCCCAAAUACAGCACACACAAAAUCACAUGUGGCUUUGGUGAUAAACCACUUACCUCAGCCGUUUGUGAGGAAUAUCACCGGGAUAAGCAAUUCUGAACUACUGGGCGAAAUGAACGAUGAUAUCAAUAUGUUUGGAAUACUGUUGAAAAUGUUGAACACGCAUAAAAGUUCCUACCAAAAUUUCUUAAUGGAAGUGACAUCCAACCCCUCGGCGGUUAAAAAUACGCAGUCAAACGAUGUAUUACUAGAGUUUAUUCAUUAUUGUCAAGCAGGGGAGGCAUUAAUUGCCUUAUGUUAUAGCUACUAUAAUUCCACAUUAUACAACUAUGUGGAUUUCACCUGCGACAUAACGCAUUUGGAGCAACUUUUAUACUUUCUAGAUCUGCUAUUUUGGCUAGCGGAGAUUUAUGGUUUCGAGAAAGUGUUGAACGUUGCAGUUCACUUUGUUUCCAGGGUUGGUUUGUCAAGAUGGGAAUUUUAUGUUGGUCUUGAUGAAGCCUUCGCCGAAAGAAGGAGAAAACUUUGGUGGAAAGCUUUCUAUUUCGAAAAAACCUUAGCGUCCAAAAUGGGAUAUCCUUCAAACAUUGAUGAUUCUAAGAUCAAUUGUUUGUUACCAAAAGAUUUUCGAGAUGUUGGGUUUCUGGAUAAUAGAGAUUUUAUCGAGAAUGUUCACUUAGUUCAUAGAAAUGAAGCUUUUGAUAAUAUGUCCAUAUCCAGUUUAAAAGACUAUGGAGAAUUAGCCGUCUUACAAAUAGUUAGUCACUUUUCAUCAUCUGUUUUAUUUAAUGAAAAAUUCACGUCAAUCAGAAAUACAUCAAAACCAUCUAUAGUUAGAGAGAAGCUACUCCUCGAUGUACUCGAAAUUUUCAAUGAAACGGAAAUGAAGUAUGAUGCUAUUAAGGAGCAAACUGGAAAACUGUUUGAUAUUGCAUUUUCGAAAGACACUAAACUCAAAGUCUCAAGAGAGGACAAAAUUAUGGCUUCAAGAUUUGUUUUGUUUUAUGAGCACCAUUUUUGCAGGAUGGUUAAUGAGUCCGAUAAUAUUGUUGCAAGACUAUGUGUUUAUCAAAGACCCUCAAUACUAAUUGAGAGCUUGAAAAUAUACCUUCAUAAGAUUUACAAAUCAUGGACUGAUAUGAAUACGAUUCUACUAGAUUUUGACAAUGAUUAUUUCGUGUAUCGUUCAUUCUCUCAUUAUUCUAUCAGUUGUAUCAUUUUGGUAUCGCAAGCAUUUUCAGUAGCAGAAUUUAUCAAGAUCACUGACGUUUUGAAUAUGAUUAAAGUCUUCAAAAGGUUUUUGAACAUCAAGAUCUUCUCAGAAAAUGAAACCAAUGAAAACGUGUUCAACAGUCAAAGUUUCAAAGAUUAUACAAGGGCGUUUUCCUUCUUAACAAUUGUCACUCGUAUUAUGCUUUUAGCAUACGGUGAAUCCUCUAGUACCAACUUGGAUGUUCUCUCCAAAUAUAUUGAAGAAAACUCGCCAGAUUUGAAGGGAAUAAUAGAGCUUGUUUUGGAUACAAACUCCUGCGCUUAUAGGUUCUUAUUAGAGCCAGUUCAGAAGUCCGGAUUCCAUUUAACGGUUUCACAAAUGUUGAAAAAUAGACAGUUUCAGGUACCAUUAAUGUCUAAUGAGGACAAAAAGCAAAUGAUGGAAAAAUCAAGACAAAAGUCAAAGGCAAAUAUUCCAAACUUAAAGACCGGUACUACAACAUGUUUACUAAAUGGUAUCGAAUCACCACAACUGUCAUAUCAUGGUAGAUCAGUCCCUUCGCCAAUGAAGAGCAACACAUUGCCAGAAUUUGCACAACUCCCUUCGUUUAGAUCAUUGUCUGUAUCAGAUAUGAUCAAUCCGGAUAAUUCACAAUCAACCGACGGCCAAAAUAGCGCACAAAUCCAAUCUAGUAGACCAUCUCAAUCAAUCAGUGCCCAACAACAAGUGCCGACUCCAAUGCAGUCAUCAUUUAUGAACAUAAAUGAUAAUAACAAUAACAACAGUAGCAACAACAAUGACGAUAACAGCAACAGCAGCAACAACAACAACAAUAACAAUAACAAUAAUAAUAACAAUAACAAUAACAAUAACAAUAACAAUAAUAAUUUCUCUGCGACAAGCUUCAAUUUGGGAACUUUAGAUGAAUUUGUUAAUAACGGUGAUCUUGAAGAUCUCUACAGUAUUCUAUGGAGUGACGUUUAUCCAGACAAUUAA